GGAGCGGGGCGGGUGGCACCUGUCACCUGUGGUCGCCUCCUGUCACGUUUUGUCACCUUUUGUCACCUUUUGUCACGUUUUAUCCCCUGUUAUCUCCUCUUAUCGCCUCGUAUCAACCCCCGCCUCUCACCUGCCAUCUCUGCACCACCUACUUGUCAUCUCUUGUCCGCUGUCCCCGGUCACUUGCUCCACUUACUCGCUCGGUGCCGGCGCGGACCAUGUCAGUGCGCGGUGGCCGCGGGCUGGUGACUAUCUCCCCGCUGCCCUCGCCGGGCACGGCGGCGUUUACGCCGCUGGCGCUGGACAGGGCUGACCCGGCGGGCCCGGACAGGUACCGGGACACCCGAAAGAGGGGGCGCGGAGCGCUGCCCCUCCCGCGGCUGUGGCACACGCUGUCCCCGGAGCCGCUGGCCUCGGACUGUCCCCCGGGCUCGGUGUCCUCGCAGCCCACGGGCGCAGCGCUGGCGCCGGAUCCCCACGCACAGCAGAGCUCCGCAGCCAUGCAGGAAGACUUCCAGAAAACGAUCCCGGAGUUUGGGAGAGCUCUCAGAGACAGGAAGCUCCUUCGCCAGGGGAUCCACUCCUUGCCGCAGUGGCAGCUGGAAGCAGCCAGCCCCGUCCUGAAGGACAUCUUGCAGCUCCAGGUGUGCAGGGACAGAGUGCGGCGGCGGCAGAGGGAGCCCGAGGAUGAGGAGCCCUUUAGCCCCAAGAAGAGACAAAGGCUGGGCCAGCGGAGCCGGCUGCCCGCCAGCCAUGGGGCUGCCAGGAGGGACCGCCUUGCCAAGAGCCCUUCCUGGGCACCAGAGCUGCUGCUGCUGCCCUGGCAGGGCAAUGCCACCGUGCCCCAGGGCAUAGAGAAUGUGGUGACCACGCCAGUGAUGAAGAAGGAGGUAAAGCUGCACCUAGGGAAGCACAGCCAGUGCUGGCACCUCUUCCACUCACCUUCGGUGCCUGGCAGUGUCCCCAGACCCGUCCUGAAGUGGCGACAGCCCUUGGACAGGGACACCCCUGUCAAGGUCAAGCAGCAGAGGAGGGUGGCAGGCAGCCCUGACAGGGAGGCAUCAGUGGAGCUGGUGCCUCCACAUGGAGUGGAGCUGGAGCCUUCCAGGUCUGCCCAGCUUGAGGAGAUCGAGACCCUGCUGGCCAGUGAUGACCAGGAGCUCAUUGGAGACUUCUCCAAGCCUCACCUCCUGCCGAUGGUGGAGGGGAAGGACCCGGGCCUGAAGUACAUCUCCUCUGGCACGCUGGCGGCAGUGCUGACGGGGCACUUCAGCGGCUUCAUCGAGAGCAGCAUCGUGGUGGACUGCCGGUACCCCUACGAGUACGAGGGGGGCCACGUCAAGGGCGCUGUCAACCUGCCGCUGCAGCGGGAAGUGGAGGAAUUCCUGCUGAAGCAGCCCGUCGCGCCCCUGGACACCAGCAAAAGGGUGAUCAUCAUCUUCCACUGCGAGUUCUCUGUUGAGCGGGGCCCUAAAAUGUGCAAGUUCCUGCGGGAGAGGGAUCGGUCCUGCCACGAGUACCCACAGCUGCACUACCCCGAGCUCUACGUCCUAAAGGGGGGCUACCGCGAGUUUUUCUUGCAGUUCCCGAGCCACUGCGAGCCCCGGGACUACCGGCCCAUGGAGCACCCGGCGUUCAGGGAGGAUCUGCGCAAGUUCCGCGGGCAGAGCCGGCGCGGCCGGCGGGCGCUCUUCGUCCGCGGGCGGGACCUGUGAGCAUCCCACGGGAACGCUGGAGCCGGGGCUGCAGGAAGAGGUCCCUCGGCCCGGGAUGCACCUUGCCUUGGUCUGGUUCAUUAGGAUGUGUUUAAUGUUAAGACUAGGUUUGUGUUUGUUUGUUGUUAUAAAUAUUUUUUUGUCUUUUGUUAUAAAUGUUUUUUGUUUAUUGU